AGCUGUUCUGCGGGGAUAGUACCUGGAUAGCUUGUCGUCUUGCAACAUCCCACAAACUUAUAAACCUGUCUCAUCUCCUAGAGGAUUUGUUUCUACUCCGUAUAAUCACCUGUGAAUCGACCCCUUCAAUCAUAAUGUUUGCCCGUUACUGCUCCCGUCUCGUCGCCUCCCGGACUGCCCGGCCGCUGUCCGCCCAUCUGCGAACAUACACCUCCGCAGCCUCGGCAUACGAGCACAUCCUCACCGCGACUCCUAAGCCUGGGGUGGGACUGAUUACCCUCAACCGUCCGAAAGCCCUGAACGCCCUCUCCAGCCCUCUCUUCCGCGAACUCAACGAUGCCCUCACCAAAUUCGACGAAGACACGGACAUUGGCGCGAUCAUUAUCACGGGUAGCGAGAAAGCCUUUGCUGCCGGCGCCGACAUCAAAGAAAUGGCCCCACUGACCUUUUCCGCCGCCUACACGAACAACUUCAUCGCUUCAUGGUCGCACCUGGCCACCGGGAUCCGCAAGCCCGUCAUCGCCGCUGUCUCCGGCUACGCUCUCGGCGGCGGGUGCGAGCUGGCUCUGAUGUGCGAUAUCAUCUACUGCACCGCGACGGCGACCUUCGGGCAGCCCGAGAUCAAGCUCGGCGUGGUGCCGGGCGCGGGGGGCUCGCAGCGCCUCACCCGCGCCGUCGGGAAGAGCAAGGCCAUGGAGCUGAUCCUUACGGGCAAGAACUUCAGCGGGAAGGAGGCCGGCCAAUGGGGGAUGGCCGCCAAGGUGGUCGAGGGCGGGUUGGACGAGCUGCUGGAGGAAGCGGUGAAGACGGCGGAGACGAUCGCGGGCUACUCGAGGGUGGCCGUGGUGGCUGGGAAGGAAGUCGUCAACAAGAGUCAGGAGCUGUCGUUGAGGGAAGGGGUUGAGUAUGAGCGGAGAUUGUUCCACGGAUUGUUUGGGAGUCAGGAUCAGAAGAUCGGCAUGAAGGCUUUUGCCGAGAAGAAGAAGCCGGAGUGGUCGAAUGAAUAAAGGGUGGAAAUUGAAUCCCGGAGACGAGUAAUGCAUAAUAGCUGCUUGGAAUUCGAAGGUGAGGCAGCGUGGCAGGUAUCUGUCUUGGUGAGAUAGUCCCUAUCAUCAAAUGAGUGACAGUAGCAACCGAAUUGAAUCAUUAAUCGUGUCGUAUUCAUGAUCGAAUAUGUAUCUAUGUACAUCCAAUAUUAUU